CCUACAUGUUAUCCCUUCCCUUGACUGCAUCCUUUCUGUCUGUAGCACCACGUGGAGAAAGUUGUUCUGCAGGGAAACAUGAAGCGACCAAAGUUGAAGAAAGCUAGUAAACGCUUGUCAUGUUCAAAACGGUACAAAAUACAGAAAAAGGUUCGGGAGCACAACCGAAAACUACGAAAGGAAGCAAAAAAGAAGGGUAUAACAAAGCGGGUAAAAAAAGAUCCAGGUGUUCCCAGUACGGCACCUUUCAAAGAAGAAGUUUUGCGGGAGGCAGAACAGAGAAAACUGAAGCUUGAAGAACUUAAACAGAAAAAGAAACUAGAGAAACAACAGGAGCGUGCACAGAAGCGGAAGAGAGAGAGCACAAGCAGUGACUCCAAUACCAAGGCCAAAAAAGCAAAAAAGGAGAGGAGCCCGAAUCAUCCCAAGUCAACUGGCAGUGAGAAGUAUUCCAGAAAGUUCCUCUGCGAUGAGCUGAACAAGGUCAUCAGUGCUUCCGAUGUCAUUGUGGAGGUUCUGGAUGCCAGGGAUCCCCUGGGCUGCCGCUGUCCAGAGCUGGAAGAAGCUGUUCUGAAAAGUGAAGGAAACAAGAAACUUCUCUUGGUCUUGAAUAAGAUUGACCUUGUGCAAAAAAGCAUUGUGGAGAAGUGGUUGCGCCACCUGCAGCGUGAGUUUCCUGCCAUCGCCUUCAAAUCAUCUGUUUAUCUUCAAGACAAAACUGUGCAAGAGAAGAAGAAAAGAGCUGUAGAAGGAGCUGUUGAACAGAGUAAAGGAGUGGAUGCCUUCGGGAGCAGUUGUCUUUUGCAGUUUCUGCAGGAUUAUGCAGAAGCCCAGGAGAGUGAAAAUGCACUCAAAGUUGGCAUUGUUGGUUUUCCCAAUGUGGGGAAGAGCAGUCUAAUCAACAGUCUGAAGGGCAUCAGGGCCUGCCAUGCUGGAGUACAGCAAGGAUUAACCAAAUGCACUCAAGAAGUGCACGUUGCAAAGAAUGUCAAGAUGUUCGACAGCCCCAGCAUAAUGGCAGCGCCAUCGAACCCUGCUUUUACCUUGGCUCUUAGGAGUCUGCCAACACCAGAGAAAGGGGGUAAUGCACUGGAUGCGGCCCGUGCUUUGCUUAAGCUCUGUGACAAACAGCAGAUAAUGCUUCAGUACACUGUUCCUGAUUUCAGGAAUUCCUUGGAAUUUUUGACACAUUUAGCCAAGAAACGGGGAUUCAUACAGAAAGGCGGUAUUCCAAACACAGAGCAAGCUGCAGAAGUAUUUCUAAGCAAUUGGACAGGGACUAAAUUAAGCUAUCAUUCCAAACCCCCUGACAAUCCAAGCCUGCCUUCAUAUCUCUCGGAUGAAGCAGUAACUGAAAUGAAGAAGGGGUGGGAUCUGAGCAAAUUGCAGCAAGGCAAUGCAGAAACCAUUAAAAGUGUGAAGUUCCGCAACAGUUCAAGUACAGUUGUCCUGAGCUCCACGCGCCCCACAUCUGGACUCCUCAGUGUAAGCGAAGGCCUUGUGACCAAGGAGCUGAUGGACGAGGAAGAAUGCCAGGAAGAGGCUUUUGAUAAUGAGCCUGACUUUGUGCAUGCAGAACAACCCCAGCAAGAACAAACACAAAAUGGAAAAGAACCACAAGAGACGAGACCAAGUUCUGCAGGGAACUCUACAAAAGUGACGUUUCAGCCCAUGCCUAUCACUAUAGACCUGUCUUCAGCACAGAGGGAGGAUGAUGCAUAUGAUUUCAACACCGAUUUCAAAUGAGGAAUCUUGGAGACCUGUAGUGUUUUUAAAUUGGAUUCAUAUAAAUUUCUCUCACAGGUCAAAUUGUUCCUGUUGAGUUGUGAUUUAUUGGUUACAUUUCACUGCAGUUGAAGUUGGACCGUCAAUGAUGGCUUAUUAAAUAGUAUUUGUAAACAAUUGUGUACAGUAAACUUUUCUUUUUUCUUUUUUUCAUGGAAAGAUAGCAUUCACUACAUGCUAUCUUUCCUCAUGAGAAUGAUUACCUUUAUUUGGAAAAACAUCUUGAAAGGUGUGAAGGUAUACAGCACAUUGUUUGUAUUUGUAUGAACUUCAUUUGGCAGGGAUGAUAAAUGUUGUGGGUGUCUCUUAAUGAAAACUAUUUGUGCUUUAGGGGUAAAAGGAAAAAAAAAACGUUCACAGCAUUGGAUUGACAAAAUUAUGUUAAGGCUUUCUUUUAAUAAUCCAUUUAGUUGGCUUGAAAUGUAUAUUGUGAAUUGUAUAACCAGAAAGGUGCAAUACACCUCAUGGCUACAGGUUGACAAUUUCAUGUGUUUUAUCUGUGGCCAGCAAAAACAUUAAAAAUGAAAAGAAACCAUCCAAA